AUACGGAAGCAACAUUUACAGACAAUCUCAACUCGUCCCAACUCUCACGUUUGUUUAAAGCAACUUUCACCAGGCAGCCCGAGGGUGUGCUUAAACUGUAUCAAGUCCAAUGUUGUUGUUGUUCUAUUCGCAGCGUAACUUUCUGCUUCCGUUUCAUAACCAAUAUGAGGUAAAUAUCUGUGAAAAAUUGUAAUUGUUGAGCCGUUUUUGACAAUGAAGUUGGAAGAACUGCAACUGGGACGGAAAGUUGGUCCGAGCAUACUUCCCAUUAUAAUUGGUGCGGCUGUUUUUUCGAUUUCCACACUAAUUUGGAUUGUAAACUACUUUUUUCCAAUUAUUACUACAGCAUCCGUUACAGGAGAUCAUGAUGUCACUCCUGGACGCUGGUUCGUCGCAUUCCUUGUGCCCGUGGUCUUCACUGCGUAUGGAAUUCGAAAAAAGAGUCUCAGCAAAAGCGGAGCUGUCUGCGCUCUGUUUGUUGGAUUCUUCCUAACUAUCAGUAGCUAUUGCUUCAUGAUGUCGUUGAUCGUCUUUUUCCUGACAUCCUCUAGAGCUACAAAAUUUAGAAGCAGCAGAAAACGUCGUUUUGAAGAAGAUUUUAAGGAAGGGGGUCAGAGGAACUGGAUUCAAGUUAUAUGCAAUGGAGGAAUGGCAACACAGUUGGCGAUACUAUAUUUGGUCGAUAUUGGGUGGGGGGAGAAACCGAUAGACUUUGUACUAGACCAUCGAGCUUCUUGGCUUGGGACUGCAGUUCUUGGAUCAUUGGCUUGUGCGAAUGGCGACACCUGGGCAAGUGAGCUGGGAACAGUCAUACAAACAACAACACCGAGAUUGAUUACGACUUUUAAGAAAGUGCCGACCGGUACUAAUGGAGGAAUAACAUUGGGUGGGUUGAUUAUGAGUGCACUGGGAGGUUGCGCAGUUGGCCUAGGAUACUAUAUGACGACAAUCUUUGUCGUUGAUUCCGCUAUUUUGGAAAGGAGUCCACCUCAAUGGCCUUUAUUGAUUAUUGGAACUAUUGGUGGAUUACUGGGAAGUGUGAUUGACUCUGUGUUGGGUGCGACUUUACAGUAUUCUGGCAAGGACUCGAAAGGAGUAAUUCAUGAAAUCCCUGGGCCUAACAUUACCCACAUUAGUGGAGUCAGCCUUUUUGAUAAUCAUGGAGUAAACUUAAUAUCUGGCAUUCUGACUGCCCUAAUUCUUCCAAAGAUUGCAAUGUUGACCUGGGGUUGUCUUCGUUGACGUGCAUUUAAGCUUUCAUGAGCUUUACUUGAAUGUGAUUUAAUUAAAUUCAAAGAAUACUCAACAAGUUUCUGACAAGUUCUUGACAAUACUUAUCAAAUACGACAAUAAUACACAUCAUUUAUUUUUAUAUUUGUUCGUUGUAUAGCGUUUAGUCUUAUAGAUUAUGAAGCAUACAUAUUUACACCUACGUUUGAUAGACUAUGACAGAUAAGAAGCCACGAGAAACCUUGUCUACACAAAUCACAAACAAAACAGAAAUGGCACCGGUAAUAUUUUUUUCAAUUGAAUAAAUACAAGAUAUAAACAGAAA